CUCAAACGGCUGAGGCGGUUCCCUGCUCCUCGUUGCCUGCCUCGGAAUCAGCCUCAACCGACCCCCGACGACAAGGCGAGCUCCGAGUUACUCCAUUCUACCUCGCACCGCUUUCCACGGAUAUCUUCGUACUCUACACUCUUCCCACAUAACGAACCCCUCCUGGCCCCUGGGUACUCACUCGCCUAGUAGAAGGACCCGCAGAAAUCCUCACCUUUCCUCUACCUCGUCUCAAGCCAGCUUUAUCUAGCUCAUCUCACUCAAAUACCGGGGGCCCCUCUUACCAACUCACACACCCACUCUCCAACCCCCAUUUCUUCCAUCAAACCAGAACCGAUCCCCUUUUUUUUACCCACACUCAGAAAAAAAACAAAAAAGAAAAAAAUGUCGGAUCUCGACCUCCUAACCCUAGCAUCAACCGACGUAGCCACCCCACUGCCCGCGCACGCCGUCCACGCGGCCCUCUCCAGCCCGCCCUUCCUCCUCCUGCCAGAUACCUUCAACACGCGCGACCUCGGCCUAGUGCCGGGCUCCCCGAUCCGCCCGGGGCUAGCCUACCGCUCGGGCGGCUUCCUCGCGGGCUUGUCGGCCGAGGGGAAAGAAGCGCUUGCCGGGGGUAAGGUCACGAUCAGGAAGGUGUUUGAUUUGCGGAGUGUGAGGGAGCACGAGGCGCGGCCGGACCCGGAUGAUAUUGGCGGCGGCAAGGGGUUGGAGGUGGAGGUUGUGUGGGUGAGACCCGAUGAGGAGGAUGCGCUGGUUGGGUUGGAGGAUUUUGUGGAGGGCGGUGGGGAAGGGGGAUAUGUGAAGAUGUAUAUGGAUGUUUUGAAGGUGUAUCGCGGGGGGAUUAGGGCCGUGUUGGAGCAUGUGAGGGAUGGGAGGGGGGAGGAGGGGUUUUUGUUUCAUUGUACCGCCGGACGCGAUCGCACUGGGGUGAUGGCAGGGCUGUUGCUGAGCCUGGCCGGCGCCAGCAAGGAGACGGUGGCGCUGGACUACAUGCUAUCGCGGAUCGGCACGGAGCCGGCGCGGGAGCAGCUCUUAGCGUUUGCGCUGAAGGGGUCCAUGGCCGAGAACACCGAUGCCCCCGGGUUCCAUAACCUGUGCAAUCUGAGGGUCAGCUGCUGGGAGGCCUUCGUCGGGGCCGUCGAGAGCGAGUACGGCGGGUUCGAGGGCUACGUGACGCGGACGCUGGGGUUCUCUGAGCAGGAUCUGGCCAAGAUCAAGGCCAACCUGGUGCUGCAGAACUGAGAGCAGCGGGGCGGGCCGGGCCCGAUAGACGUGGCUUUGCUUCUUUUGCGUCGUUUCCUCGACUAGAGUCAGGGAAGUCACAUCCAUUGGUGACUACCUAACAAUGAGCCCCGUUAGCUUGAGUGUUUUUGAAAGCCAUCUUCAUUUUGCCGUCAAUUGAAUCAAAGA